AUGUCCACAUUUACCCCAUACACCGCUUCUAUUGCGCCGCCAUUUGACCUUAACGGCGCUACUCCCAUGCCCUCAACACUACCAAGUAGCACACAACAAACGGAGAUGUAUCCCAGUCCUAUGAACGCUCCUUCGCCCCAAACGAACUCCAACCGGGUCAGCAAAGCUAUGAAGGGGAAGCGAGUCCACGCAUGCGAGCGCCCCGGAUGUCAGAAGGUGUUUACCAGAGCCGAACACCGCAGAAGGCAUGAGCUUAGCCACGAGCCCAAAAGGCAGUACCCUUGCACAUUCAAAGGGUGUCAAAAAGCAUUCCAUCGUCCAGAUUAUUUGACUCAGCAUAUGGGUCGGCAUGAGAGUGCAGCACGAAAGGAAACCGCAUACCCCCAGAGCAACACAUCAACUCAUCAGCCAACCUUGCAACAGCCGAUGCAAUCGCCACCAACUAACUCCCCUCGGAUUCCAUUUCAAGCGGAAACUUCCGACAAUUUCUCCGGCGUUUGGGGAAGCAUAGAUUCCUCAGUCUCAUGUCCCCAAUAUUCCAGAGGCCAGAGCCAAUCUUCUACACCCGUCGACGACCACCCUUCCCCAUACUCUUACACAAAUGAGAACUACACGAACGAGAUGUGCAGCUCGCCCGUCCCGAGUGAUUCAUUCACGAACCCUCAAUACCCCACCACAGGCAUGCCAGUAGAGAUGGUAACUGCUAUCGAUCAAUACCUGCGGAGCAUCUUAAAACCCGAGGCGUUUUCACUACCCCAGCAAAUGGACCCGGCGAUUUGGGGCCCGGAUAUUGAUAUCGAUCCUACGUUAACAAAGACCGAGAGCACAGACCAACUACCGCUCUAUUCAUGGCCUCCUACACAUUUGCAAUACGGGGAUCAUCUACAAAUGAACCAGCUGUCCGGCAACCGCUGA